GAGUUUGACCUUGAAUCCCGUUGUCACGUUUUACUUGGGUCGUAAUUAAUCAGGCAUCCGAAUGCUCGUUUAAGAGCUGCAGUGAUCUGUAAAUGGAUAAUAUGAAUAUACACACCAUCGAUAGUAAGACUUCUUCACGGAAUUCAGUGAAUUUAGACAGAAGUCGUUCAACCUUAUUUAAGAAAUUUUUGCAGAAGGCUGCAGAAACUGCUUCCUCCCCGAUAGACUUCAAUUUGUCAUUGAGAAAAGCGGAGAAACGAUAUGCGUUUCAUCCUGAAUCAUUCAGUAAUUUGAUACUUCAAGACAAACCCACCCUCCAUCGAAACAAAUCAAUGUUGGAAGUGAAAAAACAUACUAUUGACAGGGAUAAACAUAAUCCAUCAAGGCGUAGAAGAAAAUUGCAGAAAUCUUAUACUACUGAAACUGAUAUUAUUUCAUAUGAAGAAGAUAGACAGCAAAGUCUUCUUAAAGUAUGGCGAUAUGAUAUAUUAACUCAUUGGAAAUCAGGUUAUCCAUCUAAACAUAUAAGACAAUACUUUUGGGAAGGUGUUCCUUCAGCUAUUCGUCCCCAAGUUUGGUCUUUACUACUUGGUAAUAAAUUAGGAAUAACUCGAGAAUUAUUCAAUACUUGUCUUAGUCAAAGUAAACAUCAUAUUAAAACGAAUAUCAUUGAACAUUCUGGUAUCAUUCAAUAUGAGACAACAAAUUCUAAUCAUAAUGAACUUUAUUCAUUAUUUAACUUAAAUAACACUGAAAAUUCUACAUUUAAUUGUUCUAUGUGUAAUUUUAUAUUCAGUAAAUUGAAUACCAUACCAAUUAAACGAGAAUUUACACAUAUCCCUUGUGUUACCAGUAAUUUAACAAAUUUACAUCAACAUUAUAUGAAAAAUUCUUCCGAAGGGGUGGAAGUAAUAGAAGCAUAUGUUUCAACAAACUCUUUCAAAAUAGAUCCAUCAGAUUUUGAACAAUCAAAUCGAACAGAUCAUACUAUGAAUUUGCAUGCAAUUAAAGUAGACAUGUAUCAAAUAUAUCCAACAUUGGAUUUAUUCUUACCUGGUUAUCCAUAUCAUGAGAGAUUACAUGAUUUAUUAUCAGCUUUUAUUACUUAUAAACCUGAAAUUGGUUAUAUACCAGGGAUGUCAUGGAUAGCUGGUAUGGCUUUGAUAGUUUUUGAUAAUACAUAUGAUGCAUUUGUAACGUUUGCAAAUAUUUUAAAUAGGUCAUAUCAUCAAGCAUUUUAUAGUAUGGAUGAAGAGAAAUUUCUACUAUAUUUUAAUGACUUCGAUAAGUUGUUCUCUAGGUGUCUACCUCGACUUUAUAAACAUUUUAAAGAAGUUGGUUUCGAAACAACUAUGUUUCUGUUCGAUUGGUUCUUUACAUUAUUCAGUCGAAUACUUCCAUUAGAAACAUGUAUACGAAUAUGGGAUUUAUAUUUUCUAUAUGAAGAAUCUGCUUUGUUUUACGCAGCUUUGGCAAUAUUGAGAUUAUGUGAAAAAGAUUUACUGUCUAAUAAUUUCGAUGACUUAUCAUCAUAUUUAUCUAGUGCAACAUUAUUACAAUCACUGACACCAGACCUAUUAAUUAUUUCUAUGUAUUCGUUUCAUCAUUUAAAACGCUUCAACACUUCAAAUAUGAACAAGACACGCCACGUUGCCAGUAGAGAGUCGUUAUUUGCUAUGAGUCAACUGCCGUUAUCUUUUUCGAAGGAUGACGUAACUCAGUCUACUUUUAGAUUCUCAUCUACCUAUUCUAUGCCACGAUACUCCUUGCAUUGUAUUCCAAAAUCAGGCCCAAUCGACCAUUCGGUACGUAGUCCUCGCUCAAUAUCUGAUGAGUCUGAUGGUGCCUUGGAUAUUGAUGAUCAAUACUUCAAGCCUAAAUCAGGGAAAAAUCCUUAUACAAAGGUCUUCAUAACACCGUGUAACAAACCAGGUCAAACAGUUGCUCAUGGUAUGAAUGGUGAUAGUAGUAAUGUAAACGGUACUUUACGUAAAGUGAAUAAAUCAACAAAGAAAACUAAUCGUUGUACAAAUCCAUGCUUCUUUCGUCAUACACAUUUACAGUCUUUUGAGGAAAGGUUGGAAGUUAACUCUCAUAGAAAGUUACCACAAUUUUAUUCAUCAUAUAGUUUAGACCAUUCAACUACUUAUCACAUUCCAGCUCUUCGACAAAAUAUAAGAAUUUCAAAUAUGAUCAGUAGAACUUCAAUCGAAAUGAUUCCAUGAGAAGUAUAAUAUGAAUUACUUCUUUAUGCAUUUUUUGUGUACACUUACAACGAUAUAAAAUACACUUACCAUAUCCUAGAACUCUUUCCUAAUGUUGUUUUGUCGUUAUAAUAUGAUCCAGAAUAUAAAUUGGUUGGUUGAACAGUAAAUAUUUUAAAAUGAAUAUAUUGUUAUGUCUUGCAUUACAUUUUAUCAAUGUUGAUGGUGAGGUCAAUAUUUGGAAUCAGUGAUAUUUAUCUAAAUUUCAUGUUUGCAAAUGAUUUGUUUAUUCCUUUAUCGUCUAUAAUACUAGUUUGUAACUCUCAUCAUUAUUAAACCAUAAUGUUAAUUGUUUUCUAUCAAUGAGAUUUAAUACGUAAUUUCUUAAAUUGUAUUUUCUUAUUAAUCAAAAAAUUCAUUUUCAUUCUUAUUUUGUAUAUCCAAUUUUAGAUUAAAUUGUUUACAUUGUUUC